GUUACAGGCGGACGAUCGUGGCAGUAAUGAGUAGUCGAGCGUAAAAGGGCUCGAGGGGCGAUUUUGAAGAGGAUGUGGGCAUUUGAAGUCACGUGACGUCACACUCCAACCGCCAAACUGACGCCCCACACCAACACGGAGUCCGAGGAGGGGAUGCUGGAGGGAGUGUCGCGUCGCGCCUUCGGAGGCUCUUCGGGAACGUACAACGUGCGGGCCUCCGAGCUGGCGCGACACAAGGCCCUCAAGACUCUCCGAGUCCAGGUCGCCUUCCUCGACGACUCCACGCAGGUCUUCGAGAUAGAGAAACGCGCCAAAGGGCAGGCGCUGCUGGAUCUCGUGUUCAACCACCUCGAACUGAUCGAGCGGGACUUCUUCGGCCUCCAGUACUUCGAGUCCGCCGUCAACAAUGAGAAUCCGAGGCUCUUAGAGGGACUCCUCGCGAAAAAGAGGUGGCUGGACCCGCUCAAACCCGUGAAGAAACAGCUGCGCAUCAGGACAAAGAGUCUGGGAACAUGUGGUCUUCCGGUCCUCUACUUCCGGGUGAAGUUCUGGGUGAGCGACCCGGGCAAGCUGGCGGAGGAAUACACGCGCUACCACGUGUUCCUGCAGCUUCGGCGGGAUGUGUUGGAAGGGCGCCUGUCGACCCCGCCCUCCACGGCUGCCCUGCUCGCCUCCUACGCCCUGCAGUCCGAACUGGGCGACUACAACAUCGACGAGCACGGGAGCACCUACCUGGCUGACAUGAGGCUCGUCCCCAACCAGAAUGAUGAGCUGGAGAAGAAAAUCAUAGAGCUACACAAACUGCAUAAAGGGCAGACUCCAGCAGACGCAGAGUUCAAUUUCUUAGACCAUGCUAAGCGGUUAGAUCUCUAUGGCGUCGACCUGCACAAAGCCAGGGACUCAACCAACCGCGAGAUACACCUGGGUGUAACUGCGAUAGGUCUGGUGGUGUUCCAGAAUGGAAUAAAAAUAAAUACCUUUAGCUGGGCCAAAAUUGUCAAGAUCUCGUUCAAGAGGAAGCAAUUCUUCAUUCAACUUCGAAGAGGCUUGACAGACCAGACUGACAGUAAACCCGACCCAGGUUCAUUUCUACAAAUUGUCAAGAAAAGACUCUAUAGAAAGUCCGAGAAUUAUGACAGUGUACUAGGUUUCAACCUUGGCUCCUACCGGGCGUGCAAGUGCCUCUGGAAGUCUUGCGUUGAACACCAUACCUUCUUCCGUCUUCACACUCCAAGGACCCCGGCCAGAAAAAACUUACUGACACUGGGGAGCAAGUUCCGUUACAGUGGACGCACAGAAUUUCAGACAGUGGAGGAAUGUAAGAGACGGGCAAGAGUGGAGAGGACAUUUGUCAGGUCUCCGUCCAAAAGGUUUGCCCGCCAAACAGUGCCGACCCCGAGUGACAUCAGCCGCAAACCUCGGUCGGGCUCGGGAUCUUCGGUUAGGCCAAGAACCGACUCCUCAGGGUACAAAGUUACUUCCCUCCAGGGCACCAAGACGCCGAAGAUGGCAUGGGGUGAAGCACAAACACCAGACACCCCGGCGGGAGUGACGAGAGCGCCCACGGCUUGGUCACCAUCCGAAUGAAGCCUGACGAAGGGGGCAAGUUCGGCUUCAACGUGAAGGGCGGCUCCGACCAGAACCUGCCCGUCCUGGUGUCUCGAGUGGCGCCCAAUACGCCCGCAGACCGAUGCUAUCCCAGGCUCAACGAGGGCGACCAGGUGCUGCUGAUCAACGGGCGCGACGUCUCGGCGAUGACCCACGAGCAGGUGGUCAACUUCAUCCGCGCCUCCAGGGAGUGCCACUCGGGGGAGCUCGUCCUCACCGUCAAGCAGAACGUGUACCUUGCGGAGGAGCUCGAGGAGGAGCCCGCGUUCCGGUAUGUCCCCGAAGCCCUUCCCGCGAGCGUUACCGUGUCUGGCAACCAGACUGCCCCCUUGCACGAGUCCAUGCUGCUGCUUGCCGAGGGCCUGGAGGCCGGGUCGCUGGUGGCGCAGUUCGAGCAGCUGUACCGCCGCAAGCCGGGACUCACGGUCAACGAGGCGCGGCGACAAGAGAACGAGAAGAAGAACAGAUACCGGACACAAUCUCUCCUUGCAGAUGACACAACGCGAGUCAUCCUCACAAGUGCAGUCUCUGGGGACUACAUCAAUGCCUCCUAUGUGAACAUGGAGAUCCAGGGGUCAGGGAUCAUCAACCGCUACAUAGCCUGCCAGGGUCCUCUAGCAGGCACCUGUACCGACUUCUGGGAAAUGGUGUGGGAACAGCAGUCAACUCUAAUAGUGAUGUUAACCACAGUUGUCGAACAGGGCAGAGUAAAAUGUCACCGAUACUGGCCUCGCUUGAAUGAGACUGUCGAGUUUGGGACUCUCCAGGUCACUUGUCUGAAGGAGGAGGAGACGCCAGGUUUUGCGUUUAGAGAAUUUACUCUCAUCAACACAGAGACUCAGGAUGAGCGACACAUCACCCACAUGCAGUACCUGGCAUGGCCGGACCAUGGUGUCCCUGACGACUCAACAGAAUUCCUCCACUUUGUAACCCAAGUUCGCCAAGCUAGAGCAGGUAUGGUUGAACCCACGAUCGUACACUGCUCAGCAGGCAUUGGGAGGACCGGUGUGCUCAUCUUGAUGGAGACUGCACAGUGCUUGAUUGAGGCCAACGAGCCAGUUUAUCCACUAGAUGUAGUUAGAGCUAUGAGGGAUCAGCGUGCAAUGAUGAUCCAGACAGCUAGUCAAUACAGAUUUGUAUGCGAAGCCAUUCAGCGAGUGUACUCAGAAGGCCUUGUUAAACCUCUUGCCGAGUACCAGCAGAGAUGAGGGAUUUAACGUCACUUGAUUAUAGUGACAAAGUGUGACAACUGUGUAUCAGAUGUACAUUUUCUGUGACUGAAGAUAAGGCAUAAGUUAUAGCUGAGCCAUGACAUGACAGCAGAGAUAUUUCUACUGUUUCCUGUGAUGGAAAUGGCAUAAAGAUAAAGACAGAACGAGGCAUGCUGGUUGUAAAAGUGAGGAAAUAGAGCGAGCAUACUGUGUAUAUAUCCUAUAAUAGGAGCUUGAAAACAAUUUAUCCUACAAUAGGAGUCUGGAAAAGAAUUUUUACCUGAAAUCCGUGUUCUGCCUCGAGAGGAUGAAUCUCUCUGGGGCCCAAAGCUACCACAGUAAGAAAAAUGAAAAAAAAACAAAAAAAAAAUGUAGAUAGUAAAAUAAAUUGCUAAAAGUAUUUAUGAAUAAUGUGAGCUAUAUCAAUGACAUUAAAAUAACAAAGAGCACUGCUCAUUCCCUGUAAGAAAUCGGGUAUGUCCAGACUAUCUUUUGAAUCAAUGUAAACAUCAAAAUGAUCAUUGCUCAAGACCUAUUUAUUCGCCAGUUCCACAGCAACAGCGAAAUGAGGAACUUUCAAAUUCCUCGAUAAUUGUGUGUUCAUAUAUACACACUGUCAUAGUGUGUUGUUGAAACACCUUGUGUGUAUGUGCAUGCAUUAGUUGGUUACCAAAAUGCCUGUACAUAAUCAUGUGCACUGGAGUGUGAAUACUGUAGAUAAUACAAUCUUUUUAAAAGACAGAUCCUAACCCUAGUAGUGUUUCUACUGUACAGGAUAUUUUCUAUUUACUAUUAAAAAAGAUCAGUAGUUACACUUGAGACACUCUGACCCUCACCACUCAAGCCUUUGUGAAACAUGUUGCAGAUUUUUGUGUCACCAUGCUGAUAUUGGGAAUGAACCGAAAAUUUAUAUGGAUGCCAUUAACCCAGCAGUUUAUUUGGUGAGGGUGUUAUGGAGCAGUGGAAAUUGGUGACAUAAAAUGGUGUUAACAUGUACACUGCCAAAGUUUCACUCUUGUUUGCCAGGGAUGCUACUCUCAACUUCAAGAAAACAGUCCAGUUAAGCACAAGAUGUGGUGUGUUAUUAAAUUGUUGCUGUUACUUUAUGUUCUCCAGCUCUGGCAGAUUAUGACCGUGCUGGCAUUUUGCUGCUAAACUGAAUGCGAUAUGUUAAAGGCAUUGUAGUAACAUAAUAGUACAGGGUAUUUCACCACAGUGCCUCUCUAUCUAAAAUAUUCUGUUUGGAAAAAGUGCACAUUACUACUGGAUGUGAGUAUUGACACUGUCUCUUAGCACCCCAAGCAUUACAAGGGCUAGCCACUCCCCCCACAGUCCUGGGACCCACAUGUGCCUUUCUCUUGUUGUAAGAGCCUGCCUCAAGCAACUGACAAUCCCCACACUGAUGGUAUACACUCAUCAUCAGAUAGAAAUGCUGUUGUUUUAACAGUGUUGCACAGCACAGUGCCUCUGACUCAAUAACUUCACUUUGAAGGUAUUUUGACCUACUAUUCCUAGGCAGUUUUCCUAUGCUGAAAUUGAGAUGUAAAGUGGGUGUAGGAAUUAUUCUCUCAAAGGCUCUUUAUUGCCUUCUAGGCUUUUUUUUACCCUAGGGCAACUUGGGUGCUGCUGCCCUACACCACUCAGGGUAUGGUAAACACACUUAGAACACAUUAUGCCUUUGGUCGAGCAUUUUAAUGCGCAAAUUUUACCUGGUCAUGAGUUUAUGUAAUGUAUGUGGAAAAAGAAGUUUUCUUGUAUGGUUGAAUGCUGACCUUGUCCUCAGACGUUAAGAUAAUUAGAAGCAAACAGUUUUUUUUCCUUUCCUCAUCUAAACCUCUGGCUAGCCUGCCCAUCAAGUAGUUUAGUCUUAGAGGCUCCUGACAGACUCAAGAUGUUACUGUUGUUAUGGAAAAAAGGCAAAGAUUGAUCUUUUUGAUUUCAGGAAUAAAUCUCAUGUUUGCAAUCUCUGUAUGCAAGGAAUUGGUUCUGUUAAGAAUGGUUCUAGUCAUUUAUAUUGUAAAGACACGAACCAACGUUGAAAGAGUACACCUAAAAAAAGAAAAAACAAGAUUGGGGUCAUACCUUUUUUGUAUUUUAAAAAUUCAGACCCAAAACCUCAAAUUUUUGUGAAUGUUGGUUUGGUAUGUACAGGAUUAACAGUUGUGUGUGCUUUUUACCUUCAGUAUUAAGUGCAAGACCUACAUUCUUCCUUCUGCAUUUGUUCCCGUUUCACUUGUACUUUUCAUGCAACCCACUUGUGUACUUGUGAAAUCCCCUUUUUAGAUUUUUCAACUUCUGUGAUUUUUUUUCUCAUGUGUGGUUAACAUAGGAUGUUACAAAUGUAUUACCAGUAAUUAUUUUCUUGAUCCAACCUGCAUCAGAGUGAAAGAAGUAACGCUGUCCUUCACAUAACCUGAUACCCUCGGUGACCAGUGAUAUGUUCUCAGCAGUAUUUUUAUUAGGCAAAUUCUGGGAUACAGUUUUUAAAAAGUAAGGCAGAAAUAAGUUGCAAUGAAAGUAUUGCUGAGGCAAACUGUAUCUGGUCAAGUACAUUCAUACUAGUGAUGAAUAUACUGUUUAUCACAACCAUUAGGAAGUGCAUUGCAGUGCACCAUGUAUGAAUUUUGCUGAAAUGGUUUAAAACUUAUCCUGAUUUGUCAUAUUUUAAGUAAUGUAAAUCAGUGUGACAGGGAAAAUUGUGUUGUAUUUGACACAAAUGAGCAAUAAAGGAAAAUGGUUUGUAA